AUGACCGACUACAACUCGGCCGCUCGCGCUCUCGCGUUACCUAUAGACGAAUCAGAACGCCGCUCUCAAUCCAACUCACCUGUCUUUUCUCGACGAUCCACGUCGGUGCCACGCUCGAACCGUCGGGCCAAGUCAGGCGGCAUACUGGCUCAGGCGGCCAAGCUGCAACGCAAUGCUGCAAAGACAUUCUUCGGCCUCAGCCCUGCGAAACGUAUACUGUUGGUGGUCGGAGGAGUCAUGGCUUUCGUGCUAGGCAUCUUGUUCCUCGUCUACAACGAGCGCAUCUUCCACGCCAUGUCGCCUGUGGCUAAGCGCUGGAGGAAUAUCACUGGUGGUUGGAUGAUCCUAUGGGCCGCAACAUUCCUGGUCAGCUUCCCUCCACUGAUCGGAUAUAGUACAUGUGUCACACUGGCCGGGUUCGUCUAUGGUGUACCCAAGGGAUGGCUUAUUGUAGCAUCCGGCACCAUAAUCGGCAGCACCGCCUCGUUCCUCGCAUCGCGCACUCUCCUAAAGUCAUACGUGACACGGAUGACGGAAAACGACAAGCGCUUCGCAGCACUCGCCUUGACCCUGAAACAUGACGGCAUCAAGCUCCUGAUGAUGAUCAGGCUUUGUCCUCUACCAUACUCGCUCUCGAAUGGAGCCAUCUCUACGAUUCCCACUGUACAAUGGCCGCAGUUCAUGGCAGCGACGGCAGCAGCCAGUCCUAAACUGCUCCUGCAUGUGUUCGUGGGCAACCAGCUCGGACGCAUUGCCGACAGCGGAGACAAGAUGGACGCCAAGACGAAAGCCAUCAGUUACAUCAGUAUCGCCAUUGGCCUCAUUGCCGGUUUGGCAACGGGCUGGAUCAUGUACACCAAGACCAAGGCCAGGGCUCAAGAGCUGGAAGCUGAGGAGCGUGAAGCUGCAAUCCGCGGCGAGGCACCGGAUGGGGACGAGUUCGAAGACGAGGGCAGAUACGAGUACUCGGACGACGCUAUGGAGAGAGAAGCCACAGAAGCAAUUCGCGGUGACGACGGCAUCAGUCUGCGUAGCGAUCAAGAAUAUCGCGAUGAUUUCGACGAUGAUGCCGAGGACGCUCAGGACUUGGACAAGGUGUUCCGACACGGCGAUGGGGACGAGGAGGAAGGGUUUAGAGAUAGAUCAGGCAGGCACUAG